AUGAAAUUGUCUCGUGAAUCCAAUGCAGACGCAAAGCUGUUUAUCGCCCUUCUCUCUGGAACAGUCGCCAUUCUCUGGAAACGAGACAAAAAGUGGCUGAAAUAUCUGCCAUACGCAGUGGUGCUCCUCACCGACCUAAUCGGCGUCCUCUACAUCAAAAUCAAAAAGAGGGAGUACAGGAACCUCUUUCUCCAAUACCGCUACAACCCAUGCGACCUGCUCUUUCUGAUCACCUUCGUCAUCGAAGUCCCAGCCAUCGUCGUCUUCUACGCCCUGAUCCAGGCGUGGCCGCUCCUUGCUGCCCAUCUCGUGGCCGUUCUGCUUCUCUACGUCCACAUUUAUCAGGGAAGAAAGGCGCAACGGACCAAAAUAAGAAACAACGUUCGAAUGCACUUCGAAUACGGCAUUCUGAAGGAGGAUAUCCCGCAUUCACCACUCUUCAAGGGCUCAUUUGUGAAGAUUCACAAGAGACAGGGGGACAUGCUCGUUGUAAAAGACUACGAUAACAACUCGUAUGAAAUAGAAGUCACCCUGGUUACGAAUAUCACCAAAGUAAAUUUAUAUUAG